CGCGUCGCACUCAACACACCUUCAUAGACCACGUGGCAAGGGGACUGAAGUUGUGCCCAAAUGGCACCGUGGGGCGCGACAGGAAAGGGCAGGAGAGAUAGCGGUCCUGGUGAGGGGGUGGAAGGACAGAAAGUUCGAGGCCACAUGCCCAAGUCGAAAAGGUUGCGCGUUGAUGCAGCAAGCUCGGAGAACGAUGACGACUUCCAAUCAGAGGAAGUUGUGAUGGUGGACGCGCAAGGGACGGGGGGGAGCCAGCGAUUGGGUUUUGGGCGGGACGGAGUGUCGAGGGAUAAACUGGCUACUAUCAAACAAGUCAUCGUAGGUGGUGUCGUCGGAGCGUCGCCUAGGACAAACAAGGCACAAGGGAUUGUCAUCACUGAGGCGUGGCUGCAGAGGCAAGCUGCGGGGGUGGGUGAGGCGACGACCAGCGGCAUUCGCACACCGAUCGUCCUGGUCGGUGGGGGAGGCAGAUUUGACAAGGCAGUGAUCGGGGCAGUCCAGCCACGUCAGGCACUCCCCGCGCAACAGGCGAGGGGUUCAAGCGCGGCGAUAACACCGCCCCCACAAACGAAAGUGGAUGCAGGCGGCAGUCGAACGUUGGCGGGAGAUCAUCACACUUCUGCAAGCGGAGUCGCGGAAGGUGUGGUAGAGGGGAGGGUUGAUCACGUGCGCCGUGAAGAUGGUAAAAGAGAUGGACGACGGGAAGGCGACGAUGACGACGACCGACCCCCUGUCCAUUGCUCGGACUACUUCGUCGCCAUCGCCAACGGAGACGCAGGGCCGAACCACCGUCCAUGCUCAUCAUGCCCACGAACGAUGUGCCACGCUUCAAGAUCGAUGAUCCAGCACAGCGUGAACCAGCUUUGCACAGAGUGUGCAUCGUGGAGAAACUGGUAAUGCGCAUCAUCCACCAGAGGAUCUUCAAAUCGUCGUCGAGAUCGAAUGGCUUCACCCGUGCG